CGUCGCACGGCUCGAGCACUCCCGCGGCCACCGCGAUUGCAGACGGAAUGAAUCCGUCGAGUCUCCUUCACAGCGGCCUUUGUCUGUACCAGAGACAAUACUCAGUUGCCAUCACCAAUGGCGCCGCGCACAUCCCUAUUAUCAACGGCUUCCCGCUGGAAAUGCCCACAAUGCACAUCUCGCACAUUCACGACCUCGGCAUCGCGUCAGAAGGUCGGGCCCGAACAUCCCAGAUACAUUGAGGUCCCCGAACCGCCGCAGCAAACCGCGCCAUAUUUACCACGCAUCAAGGGUACAUUACCCGUGCCUCGCAACAUCUUCACCGGAGGCAAAGAUCAUUCUACAGAAGAAGCCAUUGCACAGUCAACGCCAGAACCAAGUCGAGCGACUCAACCAGGUCGAGGCAGUCGUGAAGAGUGGAAGCAGAAGAUCAGCGAGAACCGGCGACGCAACUUACGGGAGGGUAUCAUAAGUCUGAAGCAGCGACAAAACAUCCAACGCGACCGAAGCCGUAACAAGGCGGAAAUCAGCCAACGGGCGCGAGAAAAGGCACUAAAUCAGCCUGAACGGGAAGAUGAGAGAUUGACGGCUCCCAGCAUCAAUUUUGACAUCGAUGCUCUGAUGCAUAAGGGCGGUCUCGCCGAUCCAAGCCGGGAGGAAAGGUUGCGGGUGAAAAAGGCCAACGUCGAAAGAAUAGCAGCGGAAAAGCGUGAACGACGCCUUGAUGACUUACACACUCUUUACAUGAACGCCCGUACAUUCAUUGUCACACCAGAGCAGCUUGACAAGCAUGUCGACGAUGUCUUUGGCAAGGACGUGCCAGUCGGAUUCGGCUUCGAAGGCCAAUCAAGUAACAGCAUCUGGGCGACUGGAAAUCCUGUGACUGUGCAGGAGAUGCUCCGCAGGAAGAUGGAAGCCGGAGCACGCAGUGCAACCACCACAGUCUCUGCAGCGGAUGCGAGAUUGCACCAACUCGCCGAAACUUUGACCGGCGGAAAGAUGGAUUUGGAUUAGGGACUCACAUGGACAAGUCUGGAGAUUAUUCUAUCACAGCAAGGGCACCUUUCCUAUUGCGACAGGCGAACUACGGGCAAUAUCUUUGAACAUUGAGAUUGUCGUGAGAACCCC